CCAGAUUUUGCAAAGAAGGCACCUCCUUUACCAUAAGUUCUAAGACCUACCAAGUUCAGAAAGAAACUACCUGCAUUCCCGUGGACAUCCUGGCAUAAUGUGCCCAGCAGGAUCAGAGUGAGUAACCAGAGGUUUGUCUCCAACAUGAACCCCCGGAACCAUGCAGGUCCCGUUCGCAGCUUGAAGUUUUUGUCUCUCCUGGUGGCCCUAAGUGCAGAACUCCUAUUCCUGGGAGAGGGAGUCCAACUUCGGGACAAUGGAUAUGAUGAUUUACUGGUUGCAAUCAAUCCUCAGGUAUCUGAGGAUCAGAACCUCAUCCCAAAUAUUAAGGAAAUGAUAACUGAAGCUUCUUAUUAUCUAUUCAAUGCUACCAAGAGAAGAGUAUUUUUCAGAAGCAUAAAAAUUCUAAUACCCGCCACCUGGAAAGCUAAUAAUUAUAGUCAAGUAAAACAAGAAUCAUAUGAAAAGGCAAAUGUCGUAGUGACUGACUGGUGCGGGCCACGUGGAGAUGAUCCAUAUACCCUACAAUACAGAGGGUGUGGAAAAGAAGGAAAAUACAUUCAUUUCACAUCUAAAUUUUUACUAAAUGAUGGUUUAACAGCUGGCUAUGGAUCACGAGGCAGAGUGUUUGUGCACGAAUGGGCUCAUCUCCGAUGGGGUGUGUUUGAUGAAUAUAACAAUGAGAAACCAUUCUACAUCAAUGAGCGUAAUCAAGUUAAAGUAACAAGGUGUUCAUCUAACAUCACAGGCACUUUUGUGUGUGAAAAAGGCCGCUGUUCCCAGGAAAACUGUGCUAUUACUAAGCUUUUCAAAGAAGGAUGCACAUUUAUAUAUAAUAGCACCCAAAAUGCAACUGCAUCAAUAAUGUUCAUGCAAAGUUUAUCUUCUGUGGUUGAAUUUUGUAAUGCAACUACCCACAACCAAGAAGCUCCAAACCUGCAGAACCAAAUGUGCAGCCUCAGAAGCACCUGGGAUGUAAUCACAGACUCUACUGACUUUGGCCAUAGCUUUCCCAUGACUGGGACUGAAUUUCCACCUCCGCCCAUAUUUUCCCUUGUACAGGCAGGUGACAAAGUGGUUUGUCUGGUGUUGGAUGUCUCCAACAAGAUGGCAGAGGCUGACAGACUCCUUCGACUGCAACAAGCAGCAGAAUUUUAUUUGAUGCAAAUUGUUGAAACUCAAACCUUUGUGGGCAUUGUGACUUUCAAUAGCAAAGGACAGAUCAGAGCCCAACUACACCAAAUUAACAGUGAUGAUGACCGAAAACUGUUGGUUUCAUAUCUGCCUACUACGGUGUCAACUGAAGCAGAAAUCAGCAUCUGCUCAGGACUUAAGAAAGGAUUUGAGGUGGUUGAAAAGCUGAAUGGAAAAGCCUAUGGCUCUGUGAUGAUAUUAGUGACAAGUGGAGGUGAUGAGUAUAUUGGCAACUGCUUACUCACUGUGCUCAGUAGUGGUUCAACCAUUCAUUCCAUUGCCCUGGGUUCAUCUGUGGUUGAAAACCUGGAGGAAUUAUCACAUCUUACAGGUGGCUUAAAAUUCUUUGUUCCAGACAUAUCAAAUUCCAAUAGCAUGAUUGAUGCUUUCAGUAGAAUUUCCUCUGGAACUGGAGACAUUUUUCAACAAAGCUUUCAGCUUGAAAGUACAGCUGAGAAUGUUAAACCUCACCAUCAACUGAAAAAUACAGUGACUGUGGAUAACAGUGUGGGCAAUGACACGACCUUUCUAGUCACAUGGCAGACUAGUGGCCCCCCUGAGAUUCUCUUAUCUGAUCCUAGUGGAAGAAAAUACCACACAAAUGAUUUUAUCACCAAUCUAGCUUUUCGGUCUGCUCGACUCUGGAUUCCAGAAACUGCUAAGCCAGGACUCUGGACCUACACAGUGAACAAUACUCACCAUUCUCUUCAAACCUUGAAAGUGACAGUGACCUCCCGAGCCUCCCGCUUAGGCACAUUCCCUGCCACUGUGGAAGCCUUUGUGGAAAGAGACAGCCCUCAUUUUCCCCAUCCUGUGAUGAUUUAUGCAAAUGUGAGAAAAGGGUUUUAUCCCAUUCUCAAUGCCACUGUAACUGCUACCAUUGAGCCAGAGAAGGCAGAUCCUAUAACGCUGAGACUUUUGGAUGAUGGAGCAGGUGCUGAUGUUAUAAAAAAUGAUGGCAUUUACUCCAGGUACUUUUUCUCAUUUGCCACUAAUGGCAGAUAUAACUUGAAAGUACGGGUCAGUCACUCUCCCAGCACAAGCACCCCAGCCCAGUCUAUCUCCGGGGGUCACGCUGUGUAUGUACCGGGUUACAUAAUAAAUGGUAAUAUUCAAAUGAAUGCCCCAAGAAAAUCAGUGGGAUUGAAUGAGGAGGAGCAAAAAUGUGUGUUUAGUCGAGUAAGCUCAGGUGGCUCCUUUUCCACACGGGAAGUUCCAGCGGGCCCCCAUCCUGACAUGUUUCCACCAUGCAAAAUUAUUGAUCUGGAAGCUGUAAAAACAGAAGAGGAGGUGACUUUGUCUUGGACAGCACCUGGAGAAGAUUUUGAUCAGGGCCAGGCUAACAGUUAUGAAAUAAGAAUGAGUAAAAGUCUACAGAAUAUUCAAGAUAACUUUAACAAUGCCAUUUUAGUGAAUACAUCAAAGCUGAAUCCCCAGAAAGCUGGAACCAAGGAGAUAUACACAUUCUUACCAAACCUUUUCAUAAACGGAUCUGAACACCAACCUAAUGGAGACACACAUGAUAGCCACAGAAUUUAUGUGGCCAUACAAGCAAUAGACAGGAACUCCUUGAAGUCUGCUGUAUCUAACAUUGCCCAGCUAACUCUGUUUACCCCCCUCAAUUCUGGUACUGAGCUUUCCAGAGAUAGUCUUAUAUUGAAAGGAGUUUUGACAGCAAUGGGUUUGAUAGGAAUCAUUUGUGUCAUUGUAAUUGUAAUAUAUUAUAGUCUGAACAGAAAACGGAGAGCAGACAAGAAAGAGAAUGGGUCAAAAUUACUAUGAACAAAUGUACAAAGUACCUUCCUUCAUAAAUAUGAGUCAUGAUCUUGCACUUUACAAAAACAUACCAAUAAAGUCAAACCAACAUCAAAAGUAUUAAAUAUGCUUUGAGUCUAAUACA